AUGUACCUAUUGGAGUGGAUUUCCAAAGUGAACUUUCCGAAGGUGCAUCCGAAGGACUCCAGCAUUGGAAAUCGGGAUUGUAUCUUCCUCGACAUGAAUGACGAGGAAAGGCAAGAGCUUGUGCCUGAUCAUGCAGCAAUGUUGAAAUUGUCCAAUGCCAAGUACUUGCCAUGCUGGUUGUUUGAGGAUGGUAAGACGGCUUUGGAGUGUCGCGCGCUAGGACCUCAUGAUAUCUUGUCAGACUUGAUGACUAUGUGUGGUCGUCAGCAUUUGUCUGCCGAUGAUUUGCUGUUGAACAAGGGACUUCUCACCACUUUGAUCCGAGAUCAUGAUGGUGUCAGGUACGUUAGCCCAUUUGAGUGGAUGGCCGCACUUGGGUGGCCAUGCUCACUCCAUUUGCCAAGGGAGAUCGAGGCUGCCUGGACGGCUGCGGGUCCACUGCAGGGUUUGCAUCCGACGGCAUCCGUGAAACCAGAUGAUGAACAUGCCCCUCCCCAUGGAGGUGUACUGAUCCCGAGUGCAGAGUCCUUGCUCAAUGCAUCCGCCGUAGGUCCACAGGGUUUGCAUCCGACGGCAUCCGUGACAGCUGAAGAUGAGCAUGCCCCUCCCCAUGGAGGUGUACCGAUCCCGAGUGCGGAGUCCUUGCCCAAUGCAUCCGCCGUAGGUCCACAGGGUUUGCAUCCGACGGCAUCCGUGACAGCUGAAGAUGAGCAUGCCCCUCCCCAUGGAGGUGUAACGAUCCCGAUUGCAGAGUCCUUGCUCAAUGCAUCCGCCGUAGGUCCACAGGGUUUGCAUCCGACGGCAUCCGUGACAGCUGAAGAUGAGCAUGCCCCUCCCUAUGGAGGUGUACCGAUCCCGAGUGCAGAGUCCUUGCUCAAUGCAUCCGCUGUAGGUCCACAGGGUUUGCAUCCGACGGCAUCCGUGACAGCUGAAGAUGAGCAUGCCCCUCCCCAUGGAGGUGUACCGAUCUCGAGUGCAGAGUCCUUGCUCAAUGCAUCCGCAGUAGGUCCACAGGGUUUGCAUCCGACGGCAUCCGUGACAGCUGAAGAUGAGCAUGCCCCUCCCCAUGGAGGUGUACCGAUCCCGAGUGCUCAAUGCAGUAGGUCCUUUGCUCCGACGGCAUCCGUGACAGCUGAAGAUGAGCAUGCCCCUCCCCAUGGAGGUGUACCGAUCCCGAGUGCAGAGUCCUUGCUCAAUGCAGGUAGGUGUACCGAUCCCGAGUGCAGAGUCUUUGCUCAAUGCAUUCGCCGUAGGUGUACCGAUCCCGAGUGCAGAGUCUUUGCUCAAUGCAUCCGCCGUAGGUCCACAGGGUUUGCAUCCGACGGCAUCCGUGACAGAGUGCAGAGUGCUCAAGCAUCCGAGCACAGGGUUUGCAUCCGACUCCGUGACCAUGAGCAUGGGAGGUGUACCGAUCCCGAGUGCGAGUCCUUGCUCAAUGCAUCCGCCGUAGGUCCACAGGGUUUGCAUCCGACGGCAUCCGUGACAGCUGAAGAUGAGCAUGCCCCUCCCCAUGGAGGUGUACCGAUCCCGAGUGCAGAGUCUUUGCUCAAUGCAUUCGCCGUAGGUCCACAGGGUUUGCAUCCGACGGCACCCGUGACAGCUGAAGUUGAGCAUGCCCCUCCCCGUGGAGGUGUACCGAUCCCGAGUGCAGAGUCUUUGCUCAAUGCAUCCACCGUAGGUCCACAGGGUUUGCAUCCGACGGCAUCCGUGACAGCUGAAGAUGAGCAUGCCCCUCCCCAUGGAGGUGUACCGAUCCCGAGUGCAGAGUCUUUGCUCAAUGCAUCUGCCGUAGGUCCACAGGGUUUGCAUCCGAUGGCAUCCGCCCCUCCCCAUGGAGGUGUACCGAUCCCGAGUGCAGAGUCUUUGCUCAAUACAUCCGCCGUAGGUCCACAGAGUUUGCUUCACGCGGCAUCCAUGAAACCUGAGGAUGAGCAUGCCCCUCCCCAUGGAGGUGUACCGAUCCCGAGUGUAGAGUCUUUGCUCAAUGCAUCCGCCGUAGGUCCACAGGGUUUGCAUCCGACGGCAUCCGUGAAACCUGAAGAUGAGCAUGCCCCUCCCCAUGGAGGUGUACCGAUCCCGAGUGCAGCGUCUCUGCACAAUGCGUCUGCUGUAGGUCCACAGGGUUUGCAUCCGACUGCAUCCGUGACAGCUGAAGAUGAGCAUGCCCCUCCCCAUGGAGGUGUACCGAUCCCGAGUGCAGAGUCUUUGCUCAUCAAUGCAUUCGCCGUAGGUCCACAGGGUUUGCAUCCUACUGCAUCCGUGACAGCUGAAGAUGAGCAUGCCCCUCCCCAUGGAGGUGUACCAAUCCCGAGUGCAGAGUCUUUGCUCAUCAAUGCAUUCGCCGUAGGUCCACAGGGUUUGCAUCACGCGGCAUCUCUGAAACCUGUAGAUGAACAUGCCCCUCCCCAUGGAGGUGUACCGAUCCCGAGUGCAGAGUUGCUCAAUGCAUCCGCCGUAGGUCCACAGGGUUUGCUUCAUGCGGCGUCCGUGACAGCUGAAGAUGAGCAUGCCCAUGGAGGUGUACCGAUUUCGAGUGCAGAGUCUUUGCUCAAUGCAUCCGCUGUAGGUCCACAGGGUUUGCAUCUGACGGCAUCCGUGACAGCUGAAGAUGAGCAUGCACCUCCCCAUGAAGGUGUCCCGAUCCGAAAUGCUGAGGCUUCGCUCAACGCACCCGCCAAAGGUCCACAGGGUUUGCAUCCGACGGCAUCCGUGAAACCGGAAGAUGAGCAUGCCCCUCCCCAUGGAGGUGUACCGAUCCGCAAUGCUAAGCCUUUGCUCGAUGCAUCCGCUGUAGACCCAUGUGGUUUGCAUCCGACGGCACCCGGAGAACUUGAGAAUAACCAUGCCCCUCCCCAUGGAGGUGAACUGAUCCGAAAUGCUGAAUCAUUGCUCAGUGCAUCCACCGUUGGUCCCGAUGAGGUGCAUCUGACGGCAUCCGUGAAACCGGAAGAUGAACAUGCCCCUCCCCAUGGAGGUGUACCGAUCCGAAAUGCUGAGGCUUUGCAGGGUUUGCAUCCGACGGCAUCCGUGAAACCGGAAGAUGAACAUGCCCCUCCCCAUGGAGGUGUGCCGAUCCCAGGCGCUGAGUCUUUGCCCAAUACAUCCGCCGUAGGUCCACAGGGUUUGCAUCACGCGGCAUCCGUGAAACCUAAAGAUGAGCAUGCCCCUCCCGAAGGAGGUGUACCGAUCUCGAGUGCAGAGUCCUUGCUCAAUGCAUCCGCCGUAGGUCCACAUGGUUUGCAUCUGGCCGAAUCUGUGAAACCGGAAGAUGACCAUGCCCCUCCCCAUGGAGGUGAACCGUUCCGAAAUGCUGAGGCGUUGCUCAUUGCAACCACAGUAGGACAGGGUUUGCAUCUGACAGCGUCUGUGAAACCUGAAGAUGAGCAUGCCCCUCCCGAUGGAGGUGUAUCGAUCCGCAGUGCUGAAACAUUGCACAGUACACCUACCGCUGGUCCACAGGGUUUGCAUCCGACAGCAUCCGUGAAAUCUCAAGAUGAGCAUGCCCCUCCCUAUGGAGGUGUACCAACCGGAAAUGCUGAGCCUUUGCUCAAUGCAUCCGCCGUAGGUCCACAGGCAUCCGGUGUGAAUGAAGGUGACCGGGCCCCAUCUGAGGUUGCGGUGCCUACCACGUCGCCAUACAGUGAUGAGUACCCAGCAUCCGUCCGAGUUGCACGUGAUAACAAAGAUGACCCAAUGAAUGGAAUGCACGGACACGAAGGCCCUCCCACCAAGCGCAUGAAAGGAAGUCAAACACAUUGGGUCGCUUUGUCCGAAGAAACAUGGGGAUUCGCACUGUUCCCGGAAGUUGCACGUCCAUUUGAGCGAGUUGAUCCUUCUGAUCCUGAUUUUGGGGCGUUGGCAUUGACAUCACUGCAGCAUUGCCCCGACAUGAAGGAAACAAUUUCCAAGUGGAUGAUGCAUGCAGUGAUUAUCACCGGUGUUGAUCGGCUUUGGCCAACCACACGUGUUGCUACCAUUGUUGAUUGCGAUAAUCAAUGGAUCAAGGUAGGCCCGGUGAAAUCAUCAUCCACAGUGCUAGAAAUUCUCAGAAGUGUCCUGCCUCAUGCAACCACGUCUGAUUUUGCACAGGUGACUGUUGAUGGAGCCAAGGUGCCCGCAAUGUCUAUCCCACCGGGAGUUGACCGAAUUCAGGUUCAGUUCAUCCCUGUCUAUUACAAGGCGUCUAUCAGCAUGGAUACUGGUGAAGAAAUCAGCAUGCCUGUCUGUGUCACAACCACUGUCAAUGACAUUUUGGCACAGUUGCAAACGCUCCGAGUGGUGCAUAUGUCAUGCGUUCAAGUGAUCCAGCAUGAAAACAUCAUUGGAUCUACUGACUAUGUAAUGAAUGGGAGUUCUCUCAAGUUUGAGGUCCUGAGAAAGGCUGAGGUAUUCCUGCCUGCCAAAUUGCCUGAAGUUGCGUUGCCGGUAGGGUUGCUAGAGCCGCCUGCUCAUGCUGACAUUGCCAGGUCGUGCAAUCAUCCUUGCAUCCGGUUGGCCAUACGGGACCCAAAGUGGUCUACAGUUAGAACCAUCGCAGUGACACGUGACACCACCAUUGCAAUGGCAUUAUCAAAACUCAUGCCUGAGGAGUUCAGAGACUCCUGCGUCCAGAUAGCUGAACCACGAGGUAUUCUCCUAGGUAGCAUGCCAGUGUAUGUUCUCUUGGGUCUCACCAACGUCGAAGUUCAACUGCAACGAAAACAUGAUAUUCCCGUGGCCACGCUGUUGGCCUUCCCUGCAACGGCAUUCGAGGAUCAGUUCCAGCUGGGAGUUGGACAGGAAAUCCCUGAUGAGUUCAAGAUCAAAAGAUGGAUUAGGUCACCCUUCCAGGUCAAAGCGUAUGAAAAAAACAUGCAGUCUUCCUCCACAUUGAUGGAAGUUGCAGCAAGAUUUUUUGCCCACUGCAGGUCAAACCAGACCUUGAUGGUGCUGAUCAACGGCCGCAUCAUUGAUCCCCGGCUUCGAGUUGCUGAAACCGCGUCCAGUGAUGUAAUCACCGUCCGAUCAUGCCCAUUAGCUGGAGGAACAAAGAACCAAGACGUGAAAAACAUGAUCAAUCAUCAGCUGAAGAGCCGAGGUGUCAAAGACUCUGAAUUGAAAGCCAGGUCUGAGAUGUUCAUUGCCAAAGCCACACCUGAGGCUCUUAGAGCCUUCAUUCCAGAGCCAUACCAACAGCAAUGGAGCAGCAUCAAGAGCCUGGCAAACAGCCUGCAGGUGCGCCUUGUCACAUCAGAAGAACUCAAGAAGUUCCAGCAAGACAAAAAAGAUGCCAAGAAAAGUGAAACAGCUUCCACAGCAAGCACGUCAAAAUCCGAUUCCAACGCCUCCUUGCGAAAGUUGAUUGACAUGCAGGAUAUCACAGUUGAUAUGUCCUUCCUUCAUGCAGAGGGUCAGGAGGUGCAUCCUUUGCCCGCCAGUGCAUUUGGUGCCGACAAGACAGGAGUUGCUGUGAUGCAUAUGUCCCAAGCCAGUGCAUAUUGCCCAGAAGCCAAGUUGUCUCCCGAACCAUUGGCAAUCGUGGCUAUUGGCUCCAAGCCUAUUGAAGGAAAGGAAAUCCAAAUGUUCCCUGCUCGCAACGGCAAAGGGGACCCAAUUCUCAUCCCAGGAUGUCUCUUCAAUUUUGGGGAGCCGGCGAUCUCCACCAAGGAUUCGGUGGCCAAUGUUGAACUUGAAGUUCAAGAUGCGAUUGUUAUUGAAUUCUGGAUUCAGCGUGCGGAAUGCAAGCUGUGGACUGAUGUCAAAACACCAUUGCUGUAUCUGGGUCAGACCAUCAAGGAUUUGAAGAACACUCAGAUCAUCGCAUCCUGGGCCAUCAAGUUCUACACAGGCCCUCGUGCAGUGGCCACCCACGCAGAUGCAAAGUAUGCCCAUGGAUUCAUCCGUGUUCUUGCAGAACAUGUUGACCAAGUCCUGGUGAAAUCCGGCCGUGAUGGUGUGUAUCUUGUGCCAAAAGGUGAUGAUCGUCGACCUCAUCAGGCUUUCACAAUCAUUCAGGUACCAAACAAAAGCUUAGAAGAAUUGUUGGCCAUGGCUCAAAGAACACCAAAUGUCCUUGGUCUUGUGGACACCAAUUCGGGUCUCAUGCUGCGCUGCAGGCGCGAACAUUACAAUAAGGUCCGAGGUGCUGUUUUCCCUGAAAGCCCGUUGCCUGAGCAAGGUAACUAUGAGCCAGGAGAUGAACUUUGGACGUUGCGUCAUUUGGCAGCCCACACGACAGCUAGCAGCCUCACCCAAGCCCUCAAGUCACUUGGGUGGACAUCCGCAAAGGCACUCAAGCCUGUUGGGCCUAAUGCCUGGUCAAUUGCCGCGCGUGGAAGCCCACCAGCCAUGCAUGUAAAAUUGAAUGGAUCGUUUGUGGUCAUUACUCCAGUGUCCAAAACCAAGACAGGCGUCUCAGCCCAGGCCUUGCCAGUUCCGCUGAGUGCGCAAUUGUCAGGUGCAGGUGGAACACCUGUUGUGAAUCAAUCACCGCCGUCCAGAUUCAAUGAGCUCAAAUCGGAACUCAAAACACACAUUGAGUCGUUGAUUGAGGAUAAGUUGACCGAAACCAGGUCCAAUCUCCAAAAUUUGAAUGCCAAGGUUGAGACCACGUGUAGCAAUGUUGCAGCCCUGCAAAAAGCGCAAUCGGAGACUGACGGCAAGAUCGGAAGCUUAGAGAAAACAGUCCAUGAAAGCCAUCAAUCGGUAGUUGGUUCAAUGUCACAGAUGUUCCAGAAGCUUGAAGCCUCCAUGAACGACCGAUUCAACAAGAUGGAAUCGCAUGAGUCCAAGGAGCCCAAAAGACAGAAAGUCAAUGAGUGA